AGUAAUGCACCUGUUACGCUGGUUGGCAGCCGUCGUUAAAAACCAAGAAGAAGAAGAACUCGGGGAAUCACAAUGGCAGGUCAAGAGCGCGAAGUCGUUUUCAAAAAGGAAACCGUCAGCAAACUUUUGAUGAUGUUCUUUAAGGACGACAAAAGCAAAGUCAGCAACGAUACUGUCAUUCUCAUGGCUGAGAUGCUGAGAAUUUUCGUUAUCGAAGCAACACGCAGAGCAAUAAAACAGGCAGAGAAUGAAGACUGUGUUGGUGUGGAUUUGGAACAUGUUGAGAAAAUUUUGCCUCAACUGCUUUUGGAUUUCUGAUUCCCAUCUGGCCAACGUUGAUAUAGCCUGGACUUUUGGGAUCAACCAGACAACCUGGAUUUUGGGACCAAACACUUCCACAAUAGAUGUAAAAGCAUUUUGCACAGUUGCUGUAUAUAAGCAAUGUAUCUGUAUAUAAACAAUAAUUGUUAUGCAAGUCCUCGUCUACCUAAUCUCAUCAGUCAUUUUUGUCAAAGAAGUUGUUGCAUAUUUUGUCACAGUUUGUGAAUUAUUUAUUACUUAUUUGUGAAGAUAUAUUCCUGUUUGUUUAUUUGUUUUUUGUUUGUUUAUAUAUGGAUAUCAAACAAUAUACAGGGUUAUCCAAAAAUAUAUCUUUGUUAAAUAUAGGUGUGCAACAAUUAUUGUCACCCUUUAGUCAAUACUUUGUGCUACCUCCUUUUGCCAAGAUUACAGCUCUGAGUCUUCUCCUAUAAUGCCUGUUGAGGUUUGAGAAUACAUGGCAAGGGAUCUGAGACCAUUCCUCCAUACAGAACUCUCCAGAUUCUUCCAAUUUCCACACUGGUGGACUUUUCAGUUCACCCCACAGGUUUUCUAUGGGUUUCAAGUCAGGGGACUGGGAUAGCCAUGGCAGGACCUUGAUUUUGUGGCCAUUAAACCAUUUUUGUGUUGAUUUUGAUGUACGUUUUGGAUCAUUGUCUUGCUGGAAGAUUGAACCAUGGCCCAUUUUAGGCUUUCUGGAAGAGGCAUUCAGGUUUUCAUUUAAUAUCUGUUGAUAUUUGAUAGUCCAUGAUGCCAUGUAUCCUAACAAAAUGUGCAGGUCCUCUGUUAGAAAAACAGCCCCAAAACAUUAAAGAGUCACCACGAUGUUUAACUGUGGACAUGAGGUACUUUUCCAUAUGGCUGCCUCUCUGUGUGCGCCAGAACCACCUCUGGUGUUUAUUGCCAAAAAGCUCUAUUUUGGUUUCAUCUGACCAUAGAACCCGAUCCCAUUUGAAGUUCCAGCAGUGUCUGGCAAACUGAAGACGUUCAAGUUUGUUUUUGGAUGAGAGUAGAGGCUUUUUCUUGAAACCCUUCCAAACAACUUGUGGUGAUGUAGGUGACUUCGGAUUUAUAUAUAAUAUAUAAAAUUUAUAUGGGGAAUAUACUUCAAGUAUAUUUUUCCUCAUGAAUUCACAGGGGUGUCGAUAACUGUUGCAUACCUAUAUUUAACAAAGAUAUUUUUUGGAUAAACCUCUGUUGUGUUUGAUAUCCAUGAGCGCAGAAUAUUUUUGUGAAUUUUUUUUUAAUCAAAAGGUUAAACAGACUACAUCCUGAUUAGAAGGUGCGUGAUAACUUAUAACUUCAGGAAUCAUAAACACCACUGAGCUGAUCUUAGUUAGAGGAUCGUGACACUGUCGCGUGUUUCUUGAGGAAUUUGAUGUGUACAUUAAUGGAUGGAGUACGAGGAGGCAAAUUGUGCAGAGCUACAUAUUGGUAGUGUUGUGGAAAAUCUUCUUAGCAAAAAAUAAGAUAUCAACAUUCAGACCUUUUAUUGAAGAUUCAAAAAAGGCAAUACAGUCAAGUCUUAUGCUUUUAUACAAUACUAAAACAAUGAUCUCAUUGUCAUGAUCUCAAUUUUUCUUUUAAUCACACUUCUGAUGUUUCGCCACAAUUAUGUUUCUUUCUUCAUAUAUAUAUAUAUAUAUAUAUAUAUAAUUGUGGCAGAGUGCAGCCAGCUUAUUAUUUCUUUGUUUUUUAAUAAGAAGUUUUUAUUUUACUGAUUAACAUCCUAGAGUUAAACAAAACAUCUUUAAAAAAAUCACAAGCAUCAGCUUUUUAAAAAGAUACAGACUUAAAAAGUACAGAGUACAGACUCAGUGUCCCUUAACAGGUACAGAGGCUGAGUUGUCACUGAGAAAUAACAGCAAGCCUAGAAGAAAUGGAUACACUUUCUAAGUGAAGAAUGUGUCCUCAGUAAUUUCACAAGUUAGUCACACCAGCUUGUCCUACUUUGGUUUUAGUUUCUUUGAUUAAUGUACUGAUUACUCUCUUAUAUCUUAUACUUUGGUCAUACAUGAUUGGAUCUCAUUUUGAUUUCUUAACAUAUACAUAUACAUUUGCUUAAAAAUAUACCAUAGUGGCAGCCAGUAAAUAUAUACAUUAUUGAAAUCUUGAGGUAUUACAUUUUAGAAAGUGUUUGCAACUGUGUGUGUGCAUGUCUAAUUGCAUAGUAACAUAAUAAUGAUGUCUUAAUAAAACUGUGUUUCAUACUGUAUAUUAAUGGAAAAAAGACUCAGACACUCAUAAUAAAAUCAAUUAACUUUU